AUGGGGACUACUACUACAGGAGUUGUUCAGAGUUUUAGAUGUUACAGAUGUGGAGGCCCACAUAUGAUGAGGGAUUGUCCUAUAAAGGACUAUGUGUGUUUUAAAUGUGGCAAGGUGGGUCACAUGGCUAAGGAUUGCAAUGUAAUAAAUACUCAAGCUAGAGGAAACCAGAAAGUGGAUCGGCCUACUGCAGCAGGUUGUGUUUUUGCUUUAACAGGUACUGAAGCUGAAACGUCAUCUGAGCUGGUAAAGGGAAAGGGCAAAGCUGAUGGUAAUGAUAUUUCUAUUCUAUUUGAUUCUGGUGCUUCACAUUCUUUUAUUUCUUAUGAAUGUGUGGCAAGGUUAAAUUUGGUUGUGAGUUCCUUGUGUGUGGAUCUAGUCGUUUCUACCCCAGCUUCAGGGUCUGUUUUGACUUCUGAGUCUUCAUCUCCGUCUGUUGGUCCUGUGCAUUUCAAUCUUGACUUUUGCCUCAACGUCUGA